AUGCAGGAGGUAGUCGACUUCGCCGACGAGAAAAAUAAAAAUGGAAAACGACGUCGAUCAUGGAAGACUGUCCAUCACAUGUACAAAUCACUUCCAGACCAAACUUAUGUACGGCGAUUUCGUAAAUAUCUGCAACGACACGGAACAAAACGACAAAAGACCAACAAUAUUGAUGAGGUUGUCUUCAAAACAAUUUUGGAAGCUCGGGAGCAAGCUUUGCCUCUGCACGACAAUGAUCUACAACGGUGGGCGCUAAAAGCAGCUAAAGAAGUGCAUUUGGAAGAUUUUCAUGCUUCACACGGUUGGAUGAACAACUUCAAAGCCAGGCAUCACGUCGUAUCACGACGAAUAACGAAUGUUGUCACACGUCACGAAAUUGAAAAUCCCGACGCAAUCUUAAAAGCAGAAACUGACUUUCGUGAAAGUUUCUUUAAAAUAUCAUCGCAUUAUAGUCCUUCUCAAACCUUUAACACGGAUCAAGUAGGUGUCGAAAAAGAACUCUACUCAAAACGCACUCUGACGAUGGAAGGCGAAAAAAAAGUGUUCGGUACUGUACGAUCGAAAAAUGCCACAACGCAUAGCUAUACAUUGCAACCAACCAUUUCUCUUGAGGGCAAGUUGGUGGGCCCAAUGUAUUUGUGUUUACAAGAGCCCAAAGGCCGAUGGGCGACAUGGUCAAAAAAGGCCUUUUUGAACCAAAGAAUGUGGUUAUCACCUGCUCCAGCAGCGGCAAACUGA